AAGAGUGAAGCAGGCAGUAGCAGUAUAUGAUAAGUAUCACAAGAUUCACAACAACGCUAUCAUAGCUGUACAAACAAACACAAACACAAACUCCAGCUUCUUCUUCUUUCUUCUUUUGACUCUCUCUGUAAUUUUGUUCGAAUACUUUGGACGGACGGUUGAGAUUGAUUGGUAGAGAGGUAGCGAUGGCAUCGGCAGCGGUGAAUAAGAUAGAGCGGGCGCACCAGAUGUACAGGGAGGGGAAAUACUCGGAGGCCUUAGGGUUUUACACGGAAGCUCUUUCUAAAGCGAAGACCAAUCCUCAGAAGAUCGCUCUCCAUAGCAACCGCGCCGCUUGCUUUCUCAAACUCCACCAUUUCAACAAGGCAGCAGAAGAAUGUACCUCAGUGCUUGAACUUGAUCGCGAUCACACUGGAGCGCUAAUGUUGCGGGCACAAACACUUGUAACCCUUAAGGAGUAUCACUCAGCACUUUUUGAUGUCAACAGGCUCUUGGAUUUGAAUCCAUCAUCAGAAGUUUAUCAAAACCUUCAUGCUCGUUUGAAGACACAAUUGUCACUUGCUCCAAUACCUGAAUCUGAGGCAGAGCUAGAAGAGGAAGAUGAUGAAGAUGAAGCAGGACCAAAUAAAAAUGAAGAGGAACAAUACAAAGAAGAAAUUGUAGUAGAAAGAGAUCAGAAAGCUGAGGUUAAUAGGACUAUUAUUAAUGCUGAAGUUAUUGUCUCUGAGAUGCUGAGGUCUAAGAAACCAAAUGAACAAGAAAGAGACAAAUCUGAGCCUAAAAGGAUCUCCUCUACUACUGCAGUUACUGCCCCUAAAUUGCAGACUAACAAGGAAUUAUUAAAACAAGAUCCUAAAGUGCAGAGCAACAAGGAAUUAUUAAAGCAGGAUCCAAAAGUUCAGAGCAACAAGGAAUCAUUAAAUCAAGACCCUAAAGUGCAGAGCAAAAAGGAAUCAUUGAAACUAGAUUCUAAAGUACAGAGCAACAAGGAAUCAGAACAAGAUACUAAAGGAUGGCAAACAAUUCCGAAACCUAAGGGACACUCAACUCUAGACUAUGCAAGGUGGGACAGAGUUGAAGAUGAUUCUAGUGAAGAAGAAGAUGAUGAUGAUGAUGAAGAGUUGCAGCCACAGUAUCGGUUUCGUCUACGUACCGUUGGUGUAAGACCAGUGAAGUGAAAAGGCCAUUUAUACACACCCCAAUAUAGUUGACUGCUCUGAUCCCCAACAUCAGCCUCAGAAAAAAAUCAAAUCCUUACCGGACUGAAAAAAGGUAUUUGGGACGCACUUUUGGGCCUAUCAAGUCCAAACUCUGAAAACUAGGGAAAAAAUCAGAUUUGAGUGGUCAAUAAACCUGACAAAUAGAACAGAUGGAAUGAGAGGAUUAUCAAUCGGACUUCUGGCCAAGCAAAAUUCACUGUUUUGGUGUUGUUUUUCCUGUUGUGCAGCAAUUCAAAAGCUUCAUUCUACCAAACAGUGUCAAGUGGAGAGACAGUACAAAACCUUGGAUCCCUACCGAUUGACAAGCACUUGAAUGCCCAGGUUUUUGUUGUUUCUGGCUCCAUUCCUUUGUGCUUGUAUAUGUAAUUCAUAUUGAAUAUUCUGAUGUUUCUUUCAUCAUCAUGAAUGCUUGGGGAAGGAAAUGCCUUGUGAUUAGUCAGUAUAGUGUAUGUGGGAUUACAGAGAAUUCUAUAAUUUUUCCGGGCAUCUAUGUUAUACCAUUUGUUUCCCUGCAACUUGUUUUUCAAACUGAGCUUGAACUUAUUGUUAUUUAUCAUUUCAAUACUUUUGCUAUAUUAUAAAGCAGGAAUUAUAAUCAAA